GGGAGAAACUUGUCAAAAACUUUCUCUACUCCAAACACAAAACUCACUCACUGUCGAAAUGAACAAAUACAUUAGUCUUAUAAUAUUCACCGUAUUCUGGGCCCUGUUCGCCAUCAUUGGGUGCAUCGUCGCCAUUCGCUUCAAGGAGCGCUCGAUCAUACGAUGCUGCGUUUUGCUGACGGCCACCUGCUGCUGGAUCGUUUGGCUCGUCACCUUCGUAAUGCAAAUGAAUCCCCUGGUCGGCCCGCGCAUGCACCAACCCGUUUUAUUGGCAAUGAUGUCCUAUUGGAAGAGAUCCUAUAUGCACGACAAGCCUGACCCCUAGUGGCCCUAGGUGCCUCGAAAUUUGUUUUUAUCAGUAUUAUGCACUUACUUCACUUCUUAAAUGUGUUUGGAUAAUGUAAUUUAUAAUGCUUUCCGUGCAACACGUACUUUCUCUGACUGCAUUGAAAAUAUUUACUUUAGCAAACAGCAAGUUACUAACUCUGAGCGGAAAUUAAUAUAAAUUAUACAAACCAUUAUCCUACAAGGAAUACAAGUGAAUAUACAAUAACUUCGCAUAUAGUAAAUCGUAUUAUAUGGUAAAGGCUAUUAGUAGCAAACGGAUGGACAGAUGCGUAAACAGACAGUCCGGCGUACACCAAAACAUCUGUUCAUAAAAAAAGUUUUAUCUGAAAGAGUUUCAGGCCAUUGAUCUCUUCUUCCGCAUCUAAGGUUUGGAUGCUAGGCGCAUCAAUAUUUGAAAAUAUACAACUUUUGACUUCCACUCAAAACAUCACAUUGAGGGCACGCCGAAUCGCAAAAACUUAUUUAAUUCAAAUAAAGAUAACAAAAAAUAAAAGAAAUAGCAUUGUUCAAAUAA